GCACUCUGCGUUUAUCAUUAUUAUUUUUAUUUAUUUAUUUAUUAUUGUUUUGCACUAGUAGAAUGUUGAAGAAUUAUCUUAAGGUUCCAAUGUUGUUAGAAUAUUGAUCAGAAUCUGCUGAAAUAUGACAUUUAUAUAUACCUAUAUUUUAUGUAACAAUCGUAUUUAAUCAAGCUACAUAUUCUAUGUAUAUCAAACAUUGAAAAAUUUUAUCAUUAAAGUAAAGAGUUUUGAAGUUUUACCAGUUUUUAGGCGAUAAAGAAACAUUAAAACUAUUAUCGAUACACGGACAUUAUUUCAAUGUAUCAUGACAAGCUAAGAGACAUUUCGUAUUUUUUAAAACCAAGAUUUUUUUAUUCGUUCUCCUAUUUUGGAUGCUAUUGGAAUAUAUAAGUUAUGUUUUCAUCUUUGCCAAUUUUGAAUUCCACACUUAGCCCUAAUAAGAGACAUUGAACAUAUUUCUGAUAAUUUGAUGUAAACGUGUAAUUUUUCUCUUUCCUUAUUUCACCAACUGUUACACAGGCAGCUGAUACUAAUCUUCUUACAUACGUUUAUGUGUUUUACUUUCUCUAUCAACUAUCACAUGUAGUAAACAAUGGUUAUCUUUCUUCUAUCGUUCUGUCUUAGAAAUGAAAUGGCUAAUUGUAAAGUUGGUUUUUAUAGCAUAUAUUUUGACUCUCGUAUCCAUUCUUAUGUUCUUUCCCGAAAUUGGAGUGACGGAGGAUAAAAGUAAUGAAAAGUGUCAAAGAGAAAUAGACCGGAUAAUUCAAAAGUAUGAACAUACUUUAAAUCAAACCGUUCAAAAUCUUAAAAAGGAAGAUCACACAGAAGAAACUUCUGAUGAAGAUAUCGGACCAGGGUCGCUCGGCCGAGAUGUUGAUCUAAGUAGGGUAUCACUCAGCGACAGUGAACAAGGAAAGAGGCAAAAACUUCUAGCUCAACAUGACUAUGAUGCUUUUGUUAGUGAUUUGGUAUCUAUAUACCGCGUUCUUCCAGAUACCAGACCUGAUGUGCAAGUAUUCCGAAUAGUAUUAAAACAAAAUGAACAAAUGCAUCAGUCAAUUGUAACCCAUGCCGUUUUUCCGGGGUGUAGAAAAAAUUAGAUGUUUUAACCUCUUCUCCCGUACUUGGUAAAGAAAAAAACGUGAUUUUCUCUCUUGUCCAACUUUGAUAAGUCUCCA